CCCGCAGCAUCCACCGGAGUACUAGACGGAAAAGCGUUGACUUCGCAGACGAUAGCGAACUGGGGUGCAGUGAGGUGCACUUCCCUCGUGUUGUGACCAGUGAGACUCGGCGCGUGUGUCCCGCCAAGCGAAACUAGUGGCGGGCCUUAGACUUUUGGUCAGCUUCACAUAAGAGGGCUUGAAAAUAAUCUUUACGAGGCUCUAGGGCUUGUUGAAAAUUUUUGGUGGUCGAAAAUGAGCAGUUUCCAAUUGAAUUAAAAAUGGUCUUGAAAGAACGAGUAGUAGCCCUGCUGGCUACAGCCUUCCUACUGUUUUUGAUGCCACCAGAUACUCUACAAGGUCCCCAUGAAAAGAGACUACUCAACAACCUACUCAGCGUCUACAACGUACUUGAGAGACCUGUAGCUAACGAGUCGGAAGCUAUAGCAGUAAAAUUUGGCCUAACUCUUCAACAAAUCAUAGAUGUGGACGAAAAGAAUCAGAUUCUAACUACAAACGCGUGGUUAAAUUUGGACGAGAAGAAUCAACUCCUAAUUACAAAUAUUUGGCUUUCUUUGGAAUGGAACGACUACAAUCUGCGUUGGAAUGAAUCUGAAUAUGGAGGUGUUAAAGAUUUGAGAAUAACUCCCAACAAACUUUGGAAACCCGAUGUUCUCAUGUAUAACAGUGCUGAUGAGGGUUUCGAUGGGACAUACCAAACAAACAUUGUGGUCAAACAUAACGGCAACUGCUUGUACGUCCCUCCGGGUAUCUUCAAGAGCACAUGCAAGAUAGACAUUACGUGGUUCCCAUUUGAUGAUCAACACUGUGACAUGAAGUUUGGUAGCUGGACCCAUGACGGUAACCAGCUUGAUUUGGUGCUCAAUUCGGAAGACGGUGGUGACCUAUCGGACUUCAUAACUAAUGGUGAAUGGUAUCUCAUCGGGAUGCCUGGAAAGAAGAAUACCAUCGUGUACCAAUGCUGUCCUGAGCCGUAUGUGGAUGUGACCUUCACCAUUCAAAUACGCCGGCGCACCUUGUACUACUUCUUCAACCUUAUAGUUCCUUGCGUACUGAUCUCUUCGAUGGCUUUACUUGGAUUCACAUUACCUCCUGACUCUGGCGAGAAGUUAACUCUAGGUGUCACCAUACUUCUUUCAUUGACUGUAUUUCUCAACCUAGUAGCUGAAAAGAUACCAACUACUUCAGAUGCAGUCCCGUUGAUAGGAGUGACCAUAUUGCUCUCAUUGACUGUGUUCCUGAACCUUGUGGCAGAAACCUUGCCUCAAGUAUCUGACGCCAUUCCUUUGUUAGGCACCUACUUCAAUUGCAUCAUGUUCAUGGUAGCUUCCUCGGUCGUACUAACUGUAGUGGUACUCAAUUAUCAUCAUCGGAAACCUGACAUCCACGAAAUGCCACAAUGGAUCAAGACUGUUUUCCUACAGUGGUUGCCUUGGAUACUGCGUAUGAGUAGACCCGGUAAAAAAAUUACUAGAAAGAGUAUUAUGAUGAAUAGUCGUAUGAAGGAACUAGAACUGAAGGAACGUUCCUCGAAAAGCUUGCUGGCUAAUGUAUUGGAUAUAAACGACGACUUCAGGAGUGUGUCCGGUGGUAACAACUCUUCAAUGACAACCAGCCUAGGCGGUGGCUACAUGAGACAACCAACGACAAUAGAAGAAGCGGCUUUGCCUAACACUAAUAAUCAAAGAGACCUUCAGCACAUUCUGCGCGAAUUGCAGUUCAUCACCAACCGCAUGAAAAAGUCUGACGAAGAGGCCGAGGUGAUAAGUGACUGGAAAUUUGCUGCAAUGGUGGUCGACCGGUUCUGUCUGAUAAUAUUCACUAUGUUCACUAUAAUAGCUACAGUAUUCGUUCUGCUGUCAGCGCCACACAUCAUAGUGCAAUAGGAAUCGGUGGCCUGGACUCUAAAGGACUCCGUUAUAAUCGAAGCUAUCAGUCUUCUUAUGUAACAUGUGGAGUGUGGCAAAUAUGUGUUUUUCAAAGAAACUUGUAAACUUUAUUCAGAGGCAUAGGUGCGAAGGCUACCUGGCGAAACAUCCUAAGUAAAAAGGUCGAUCGUAUUGAUUAUCUAUGAAUACAAUCAAAAUUAAUGAAUUCGUAAUCAAUUAUUGUACCUAUUGCAUAAUUCAUUGUAGUUUUAAUAUGUAAGUAAUCAAGAACAUGGACAUCGACUAUCGGACUAUAUUUACUUGAUGUAAAAGUUCAAAUCUUAAAUAGUAUUUACCAAGUUAUUAUAA